AUGCUGGGGCAAGGGAAUUUUCAGCCGCACGGCAGAGGAGAUAGGAUGGCUGCGGAAGGCGCACCUCCGUUUUUUGCUGAAUCGAUUGUGUUCCUGGCAGCGACCUGCGUCGCCGUUCCGAUUGCCAAGAGGUUGGGUCUCGGCUCGGUUGUGGGCUAUCUGGCUGCCGGAGCAGCGAUUGGUCCGCAUGGCCUGCAGCUUCUGGGCUCGGGCGAGGACGUUCUGCAUGUCGCGGAGCUCGGCGUCGUGCUUCUGCUGUUUGUGAUCGGACUUGAACUCGACCCGCAAAAACUCUGGCGCAUGAAAAGGGAUAUCUUCGGGUUGGGAACAGCCCAGGUCAUCCUGACAGGCGCCAGCCUGUUUGCGGUCGCCCGAUUUGUCGGCAUGCCUUUUUCAACCGCACUUGUUGCCGGCUUCGGUCUCGCCCUGUCCUCAACGGCGUUUGCCCUGCAAAUUCUGCAGGAGCGAGCUCAGCUUUCGUCGCCUUAUGGACAGCGGGCCUUCGGAAUUCUGCUGCUUCAGGACAUUGCCAUCGUGCCGCUCCUGGCGAUGGUAGCGAUCCUGGCACCGGGGGAAGGGCCUUCGACAACAGGGGAGAUCCUGAACGAAAUCCUGAUCGUUCUCGGAGCCGUGGCGGCCGUUAUCCUGACGGGCCGAUAUCUGAUAUCACCCAUAUUCCUGUUUCUGGCGGCAAGCCGCGCCCGCGAAGUCAUGUUGACAGCGGCACUUCUGGUCGCCCUCGGCAGUGCCGGGAUCAUGCAUUCCGUCGGCCUGUCGAUGGCUCUGGGGGCAUUCCUGGCGGGUGUACUUCUGGCCGAAUCCAGCUUCAGGCAUACGCUUGAGGCUGAUAUCGAGCCGUUCCGGUCGCUGCUCAUGGGUCUGUUUUUCGUCGCCGUCGGCAUGUCGCUGGAUGUGUCGCUGGUCAUCAAGCACUGGAUAGUGGUCGCCGCCGGCGUCACUGUGGUCAUGGGGCUCAAGGGCGUCUUCCUGUGGGCACUGUCACGCGGAACCGGCUCAUCGAAUUCGGAUGCCAUGAGAAUUGCGGUGACGCUGCCGCAAGGCGGCGAGUUCGCCUUUGUUCUCUUCACUGCAGCCGUCAGCAACAGCCUGUUGACGUACCAGACGGCCAACUUGCUGAAUGCCAUCGUCAUCCUGACAAUGCUGCUGACACCGCUCGCCUGUCUGGGGCUCGACAGGCUUGCCGCAAGAGCCAAGGCCAAGGGCAUUGAAAACCCUUCUAUCGAAACCUUCGAGGAGGCGGCACCGACCGUUCUUGUCAUCGGAUUCGGUCGUUUCGGCAUGGUUGUCGCGCAGAUACUGACCUCUGAAGGCCUUGAAAUCACGGCGAUCGACAACCGGCCCGACCGCAUCGAUUACGCUCGAAAACAGGGCUACAAGGUCUACUAUGGCGAUGCGACCCGGGCCGACGUUCUGGCAGCCGCUGGGGCUGGCAACGCCGCGCUGGUUGCGAUGUGCAUCGAAAACGACAAGGUGAUGGCAAAGGCGAUCGACCUGAUCCGCGACGGAUUUCCCGAAGCGCUGAUCUUCUGCCGUGCAACAGAUCGCGCCCAUGUUCUGGACCUCACCAGGCGGGGUGUGGAUUUCCAGAUUCGCGAGACAUUCGAGUCCAGCGUCGUAUUUGGACGUGCGGCGCUUGAAGCGCUCGGCACACCGCUGGACCGGAUCGACCAGAUUGAAGAAGAUGUGCGCGGCAGGGAUGAGGAACGCCUCGCCGUCCAGCUCGAAAAGGGAAUGUAUGCCGGUGCGGACCGCCUGCACAAGGUGACGCCGCGCAAGGAAGUCGUGAAGGAUCAGCAGGACGUGCCCGCCGCGUGA